CUAGAAUAGGUCUCUUCUAAUUUGCUGCAGUCUAGCUAGGAUAAUAUUCUUUCUUGGAAAUUAUCCACCAUGAAAGAAACACUAAAGUACUUGGCAGGAAUUGCAGGGCCAAGUGGUUAUGGCUCAAAAUCAACUGCUGAACAAGUUACUCAAGAUUAUUGUUGUUCUUCAUCAGUGCCUUCUCAUCGUCUAACUGCAAUAAUCACUGGAGCAACUUCAGGGAUUGGAGCUGAAACUGCCAGAGUAUUGGCGAAGAGAGGGGUGAGGAUUGUGAUGCCGGCAAGAGACUUGGCGAAGGCGUCGAAAGUGAAGGAGGGAAUCCAAAGGGAGAAUCCAAAGGCUGAGGUUAUAAUAAUGGAGAUUGAUUUGAGCUCCCUUACUUCUGUUAAUAGAUUCUGCUCCCAGUUCUUGGCUCUAAGACUACCCCUCAAUAUCCUCAUAAACAAUGGAGGGAUAUAUUCUAAAGGUUUGGAGUAUUCUGAGGACAAGAUUGAGAUGACAUUUGCUACAAAUUACUUGGGCCAUCAUUUUUUGACAGAAAAGCUGCUGGAAAAAAUGGUGGAAACGGCAGCUCAGACUGGCAUCCGGGGAAGAAUCAUUAAUGUUUCUUCUGUGAUCCACAGCUGGGUGAAGAGGGAGAGUUUCUGCUUUAAUCAACUGCUCAACCCAAAGAAUUACAAUGGCACAAAAGCAUAUGCACAGUCCAAAUUGGCCAACAUACUGCAUGUCAAGGAAUUGGCCAAACAGCUUAAGGCCAGAAAUGCAAGAGUAACCAUCAAUGCAGUACACCCGGGAAUCGUGAAAACCGGAAUUAUUAGAGCUCACAAGGGCUUUAUCACAGAUUCUGUGUUCUUCAUAGCAUCCAAGUUACUAAAAUCAACAUCUCAGGGUGCUUCAACAACGUGCUAUGUUGCUUUAAGCCCAGAAUUAGAAGGGGUAACAGGAAAGUACUUUGCAGACUGCAAUGAGAACGAGUGCUCAAAUCUAGCAAAUGAUGAAUCAGAAGCAUACAAGUUAUGGAAGCAAACUCGUUUUCUAAUCCAUAGACGACUAUGUCAACCAACAGCUAAAUCAGUGCUCGGUCAUUCUGUCAUGUAUAUAUAAGCACUUACAUUCUUACACAACUAAAAAAUAAUCUUCAUCAAUACCCUAAACUUUUAUGAUCAAUAAAUUGUAAUUGUCAAGACUUAAUUUAAAGGAAUGACAAUGAAUCUCCUGUUUUAAGUUUAA